AUGUCUAUUAACUAUUCCCACUCCACCAACCUUCGCUCACAACUGUUGGUUGAUAAAUAUUCCGUCCAAAACCCCUUGAACCGGGAACCACCGGUCCAGACACUUGUCUCGAGCUUCUUCACUCCAGAGAAUAUCUCUUAUGACCGCAACCAUGGCCCAAUCCCCCACCUCGCGGCAGACACCCACACCGUCCAAAUAGACGGCCAAGUUCCCAACCCCCUCUCCCUCUCCGUUCACCAACUCCAAACCGACUUUCCCCAGCACGAAGUAAACUGCGCCCUAGAAUGCGCCGGCAACCGGCGUCAUACAAUGCGCACACUACUCAAAGAAGUCGAAGGCAUCGACUGGGGCGAUGCGGCUGUGAUGAACUGCACCUGGAAAGGCCCAAGAUUAAGGGACGUGCUCCAUCGGGCCGGGUUGACCCAAGACUCAUGUCAGGGCCUGUAUGUCGCGUUCUCGUGCUAUGCGGUACAGUGCCAAGAGGACGAUUGGUUUGGGAGUAGUGUGGAGGUAGAGAGGUGCUUGGAUGAGGAUAUGGAUGUUAUUCUUGCUUUAGAGAUGAACGGUUCGCCUCUGACGCCAAACCAUGGGUAUCCGGUCCGGGUUGUUCUCCCCGGUGUGGCGGGUGCCAGGUGGGUUAAGUGGCUUGAUCGGAUCACUGUGCAGGAUACUGAGUCGUCGAAUUUCUAUCAACGGCAUGACUACAAGGUACUGCCGCCGGAGGCUGUAGAUAGUGCCUCAGCUGAGCCAUUUUGGGACCGGACCCCUGCGAUGUGCGAUAUGCCUAUUAAUUCGGUGGUGGGGGUGCCGGGCGAUGGAGAUACGGUUCAUCUGUCUGGAUCGGGGACGCUGGAGGUGAAGGGGUAUGCGGUGCCCCAUGGGGCUGAUGGCCCGGUUACGCGGGUCCAGGUUUCGGUGGAUGGAGGGCAGGCAUGGAUGGAUGCUGAGAUUGAGGGUUCUUCUGUGGAGAGGAAAUGGUGUUGGGUUUUGUGGAGGGUCAGGGUUAGGGUUGAAAGGGGCGCUGGGAAAGAGGUUCUUAGUCGGGCGUUUGAUCGGGGCGGGAAUGUGCAGCAGGAGCAUUCACAGUGGAACCUGAGAGGGGUUGGGUAUAAUGGAUAUGGGAGGGCAAGGGAUCUUACUAUCAUUUAG